AUGUCUGUCGCAUUUAGUUUGGUCGAUAAGGAUCGUGUGCAGGUCCUUCGGCGAAUGGAGGAUGCAUUUGCUCGUGUGGUCUCCAAGUUCCCCUUCUUAACUGGGAUGGUGGUUCCAUCUAUGGAGCUAGAUGAUAGAAGCAACGCACUUCAGUUGCGGCCAGCUACUACUGCCGAGCUUGAAGAAUGCCCUUUGCUAGUCACUCAAGAUCAUACAGAGUCCACUACUCUUACUGUGAACGGGAAAUUCAACACUUCCUUGAUGCCAUUCCCAAUUGUCUCCCCAGUACCUAUACCUUCUCCUGUUUUAAGGUUGAAGGCUAAUGUGAUAGGAGACAAGUUGCACCUGGUUUUAUGCUUUGAUCACCGUGUAUUGGAUGGGUCAGGAGUUUUUUUAUUACUCUCUACCUUGAGCGCGUUCUGUCGUGAUCUAAAUGCUCCUGGUCCAUUCACAACGCCAGAUGCACAAGAAGAAACAAGGAACUAUAUUGAGGAAAUUGGAUCUACAGCCACACCGCAGGAUUUUCAGUGGACAACAUUUCCUUCCCAAACAAAUGAAGAUGGAGCAUCUAUAGAUGUUGGUCAAAUGCCUAUCAGUUCUCCUCAUAUACUCGAUGGCCGAAAAAUAAACUUAUUGCACAACGCCUGCAAUUCGGCUUUACAGUCUCUUUCUAAGGAAUACACGAUGGGUCUUUCCGAGAUAUCCCUUUCACCGAAUCUGGUCGUCACCGCGCUAGUGAGUAUAUGCAGUAGUCGAGCCCGCUCGAAGGCUUUCCCCGAUAAGCCGGAACUCUCAUCCGCUAUGUUUAUGGUGGAAAAUGUCCGAAAGGCACUCAAUUUACGCCGGGGAUAUAUGGGUAAUACCAUCGUGGGAAACCAAAGCGCUUCUGAUAGUUCUGCACAGCCUCCGCCCGAGAUCUUACAGCAUAUCCAUAUGCCAAAGCCUCUUAGUCCUAUAGAGCCAGAGGAUAUCUGGCGGAUCUGUAAGGUGGCCCAGACUCUUCAGGAAGCAUCCGGACGCCUUGAUAAGCAGCGUUCAGGGGGAAUGAUCGCAACAAUGUUCCGAAAACGUGAUUGGGCUUCGUUCCGACCCGGGUGGGGAGUGAAUUUCCUUAUAUCUGAUAUCAAGUCAGGAAAGCCUUAUAGGAACUUUGGGCCACUUGGAGACCUUCAAUUGUUCGAUGUGCCUUUCGACGCAUCUCCUGGCUUUUGUUGGAUUAUGCCUAACCUGCCAUCGGAUUCUCUAUCGCCGGUUUCAUGCUGGAGAUUGCGAUGGAAUUUGGAACGGGCGGCGAUGGAGUAUCUAUCCAGCGAUCCCCUCUUCCAGUGGGCUUCAACUCCUAGUAAAAACACCAGAGACGUCGAAGUUUGA